AUGACGGAUGCAAUUAGUCUUCUUCGUCAAUUUACAGUUGAGAAUAAAGAAUAUACCAGUGACAAUGAUCGAUUUAUUUUUGGUGAUUUGGCUUAUCCAAAAGAUAUCAAAACAAAUUACCUUGUAUAUGGUACUGGGAAAGAUGGAACACCACGAGAUUAUUAUACGUUAGAAAGUAUCGUAUUUUUAUUGAAAAAUGUCGAACUUCAACAUGCAAAUUAUGUUAAAACAGCAGCGGAGAAAGGAAUAUCAGCAAUCAGUCGUCCUGAUCGUAAAGAACUUUUGUCUUAUCUAACUGGUCAAACAAAUACGGCUGAUCGUAUUGAUCGCAAUGCUCCUAUUGAUGUUGUGGCUAUGCAGCGACCUUUACAAGUAAAGCGCCCUGCAGAAGAUCCUCGUUUAGAUCCAACAAAAAUUGCUCGUCUUGAAGAUGAUGAUUUUCAAAAGCUUAAAGACCGUAUAGAAAAGAAACUAGAGGCAACAACAAAAGAAAUGACUGCUAAUCAAAUACGACCUUUGUCUGGUGCAUUAUCUGCCGAAGCUAUUUUAAAACUUCGUGCAAAAUUCAGAGCAACCGCUCGUGAUAAAAUUGUUGAUUUCAAAGAAAAUGAGGACCAAUUGGAAACAGUUGCUGAAACACAACCAGUUACAGCGGAUACAUUCGAAGUUUUACAACGUGAACGAACAUGGAGAAAUCGUACAACCGUUCUACAGAGUACAGGAAAAAAUUUUGCAAAAAAUAUAUUUUUAAUAUUAAAUUCAAUUAAAGCAAAAGAAGAAGGAGAACAAAAACAAGAACUGUUGGCUGCCCAGAGAUCUCCGACGCGUGAUUUAACCGUUCGUGCACCAGUUGAAGGUUAUUCACGGUAUAAUCAAGAGCGAUUUGUUCCAAGAGAUGAUACAGAUGAAUUCAAAAUUGAUAUACAUGGGUCAUAUCAUGGUCUCACAUUGAAAACUGUAACGGAAGGUGUUCAACCAAAUAAGUUAACGUCUACGACAAAUGUUGUACCAAAACCAAUUCCUGACAAAGUUGAUGUACCUGUUUCAAAACGUGUGUCUAGAACUCCAAUUAUCGUAAUUCCUCCCGCAUUGACAUCGUUAAUUACACGUUAUAACUGUAAAGAACUGUUAGAAGACCUUAAAUAUAUUUCUACAGAUGAAGGAAAAGCAAGUGGUAUCAAACGUGACGGUGACAUAUUAAUUCAACGAAAAAAAGGCAAUUUAACUGUACCAUAUCGUAUUACAGAUGAUCCAGUUCGUUUAACAAAACAGGACUGGGAUGAACGUGUUGUUGCAGUUUUUGCACAAGGUCCGGCAUGGCAAUUUAAAGGAUGGCCAUGGAGUGGAAAUCCUGUAGAAAUAUUUCAAAAAAUUAAAGCGUAUCAUGUUAAAUGGUCACAGUUAAAAACCGAUGCCAAUAUAGCUAAAUGGUCCGUGCAAUUAAUUGAAUUAGAUCAAAAUAAACGACAUCUUGAUUGUGCUCGACUGAGAACAUUUUGGGAUUCAUUAGAUGCUUUUAUUGCAAAGCAUAAACCAUAUCUACGUUAUUAA